ACUGCAAAAGUGAGGUAGAAAAUGAAGAAAAUCCUUCAUAAAAGGUCUAAAAAGUUAAAUUUGUUUUCUCUUUUUUUCCUCCUUGGUUCCAUAGGUACACAGUAGAGACUGGGUUACCUGGCUUGCACUGCUUUUUUAUGAUCUCUCUAACAGUAAAAGCUUGACGCAGGUGGUCGUUUCAAACCAAGCAUCAACCACAAUUGAAAACACUCAAUGAUGGACCCAAAUCAACUUUUGAAAAAGACAGCAGAGACAACACCAUCAGAGAAAAGGGAAACUAGAUGCUGCAAUGGAUUCAAGAUGUUCUUAGUAGCCCUGUCACUCAGCUUUAUGUGUAAGGCACUCGGUGGAGUUGUUAUGAAAAGUUCCAUCACUCAGAUAGAAAAGAGAUUUGACAUAUCAUCUUCUGUUUCUGGCUUAAUUGAUGGAGGCUUUGAAAUUGGAAAUUUGUUUGUGAUUGUAUUUGUGAGUUAUUUUGGAUCCAAACUACACAGACCAAAGAUAAUUGGAAUUGGUUGCUUCAUUAUGGGAACUGGAAGUAUUUUUACUGCUUUACCACAUUUUUUUAUGGGCUAUUACAGGUAUUCUACAGAAAGUCUUGUCAAUCCAUCAGAAAAUUUAACAACAAGCUUUUCAACCUGUUCAAUUAGUGAAAAUUUGUUACUCAAUAGUACAUCACCUAAGAUAGUAGAAAAAGGUUGUGAAAAGGAAUCUGGAUCAUAUCUAUGGAUAUAUGUACUACUGGGUAAUAUGCUCCGUGGAAUUGGGGAAACCCCCAUAGUACCCUUGGGGAUUUCUUAUAUUGAUGAUUUUGCUGAAACAGGACAUUCUUCUUUUUAUUUAGGUACUUUGCAUGCAAUAUCAAUGAUUGGUCCAAUCAUUGGCUUUAUACAGGGAUCUCUGUUUGCUAAAAUGUACGUGGAUAUUGGAUAUGUAGAUCUCAGCAGUAUCAGAAUUACUCCUAAGGACUCUCGUUGGGUUGGUGCUUGGUGGCUUGGUUUCCUUGUGGCUGGACUAUUAUCCAUUAUGUCCUCCAUUCCAUUCUUUUUCCUGCCCCAAAAUCUGGAUAAACCACAGAAAGAAAGUAAAGAUUUAGUAUCUUCACAUCUCCCCAAAAGAAAUGAGGAAAGGAGUCAAAUAGCUAAUGUGACCAACCGUGGGCAAAAUAUUAGUGAAAAUAUGACUGAUUUUUUCCAGUCCUUGAAAACCAUCCUUACCAAUCCCCUAUAUGUUAUAUUACUGUUUUCAUCAUUGCUACUGGCCAGCAGCCAUAUUGGUGCUAUUACUUAUGUCUUCAAAUACAUAGAGCAACAGUAUGGUCAGUCAGCAUCUGAGGCUAACGUUUUUCUUGGAACCAUAACCUUACCAACUGUUGCAACUGGAAUAUUUACAGGAGGAUAUAUCAUUAAAAAAUUCAAACUUAGCUUGCUUGGAAUUGCCAAAUUAUCAUUUUAUACCAGUGCAUUGGCCCUCAUAUUUCAACAAUUCAACUUUGCAGUAAUUUGUGAAAGCAAAUCAGUUGCUGGCCUAACAUUGACCUAUGAUGGAAAUAAUCCAGUGGCAUCUCACAUAAAUGUACCACUUUCUUAUUGCAACUCAGACUGCAAUUGUGAUGAAAGUCACUGGGAACCUGUCUGUGGAGCCAAUGGAGUAACUUACAUGUCACCUUGUCUAGCAGGUUGCAAAUCUUCAAGUGGCAAUAAAAAGUCUAUAGUGUUUUAUAACUGUAGUUGUGUGGAAGUAACUGGUGUCCAGAACAAAAAUAAUUCAGUGAAUUUGGGUGAAUGCCCAAGAGACAAUCAUUGUACAAAAAAAUUUUAUAUUUAUGUACUGGUGCAAGUCUUGAAUUAUUUUUUCUCUUCAUUGGGAAGCACCCCAACUAUCAUGCUGGUUUUUAAAAAUGUUCAACCUCAGCUGAAAUCCCUUGCAGUGGGUUUCCAUUCACUAACUAUACGAGCAUUAGGAGGAAUUCCAGCUCCUAUAUAUUUUGGGGCUCUGAUUGAUAAAGCAUGUAUGAAGUGGUCUACCAGCAGCUGUGGGAAACGAGGGUUUUGCAGGUUGUAUAACUCCAGAUUAUAUGGAAAUACCUACUUGGGCUUGAUUGUGAGCUUAAGAUUUUCAGCACUUAUUCUGCUUGUUGUAUUAAUUUUCACUAUGAAGAAAAUAUAUCAAGGAAAAAAUACCAAGGCGUCAGAAAAUGGAAGAAAAGAUAUGAAUGAAGCAAACUUAGAACCCUUAAAUAAUGAUGGAUAUUUUGUACCUUCUGCAGACAAUGAAGCACAUAUGUAAGGGGAAGAAAAAAAUAUGUUGCUGUGUUUUACACUAACAUUGUAUUAAAGUAGUAGGAUGUUAUUUUGAGCAGUUCUUGGUCUUUUCACUGAGAGUCCUCACACUCUUCCCUUAUGAAAGUACAGCAAAUCACCUAUGAAUUUGUCAUAAUGAACCAGACUAUAUAUAAAAAGGAAUGAGAGUACUCUUUGUUCAGGGUAUGACUAUGCAUUUUAGGUGAACAUUAAUGCAGAUGAUCCAUACAAAUUUAUAGUGAGAGGUAUGGUUAGUAUGUAAUAAAAAAUUUUUGCCCAGGUAAUUGUAACUCAAUAAAACCAGUGACUAGAAAAUAGAAGUAAAAAGGAAGGAGAAAAAUAAAUAACCUUAAAAAAAAGCCUAAUACUUUUUUUUUUUUUAAACCAGUUUGGCCCAUGUUACUCAAACAUGAAGUUAAUGUGAUGGAGGCUUUAUACUAUGAUGACAUCUGUCAUUCAUGUAUUAAGUCAUAUAUUUCACAGACCUCAUUAAUUUAUAAUUUGAAAUUGCAUUUGACCAUGAACCCCUGAUGUAUCCUCUUCCAACUUUCCAUUAAAAUACUAGUGAAGAAGUAGACAUAAUUGAGAAUUUGCAAGCUAUGAUUGUCAGACAGCACAUUACAGAAUGUGUUAAGUUUCUUUCAGGCCCAUGGAAGUGGAUUAAGAAAACUGACAUUAACUUGAGAAACCAAAGCCCAUUACAAGAUGUAUCUUCAUUCCAUUUGCUCCCUGGAAGACAUGGAGUUUGUACCAGAUAACUUACCAGCUGUUUCUCAAUUACGUGUGUGUGUGUGUUUGUGUGUGUGUGUGUGUCUGUGUGUCUGUGUGUGUUUGUUUGUUUUUGGUGCACCAAGAGACAGCUUUCACAAAUAAGAUAAGGGUGGAUGAGAACAAAUGUUUGAAUAUUGUGUUGGUUAAGUGACAACAGCUUUAUACUGACUGCUAAAAAUUUGUAGUUUUUAUACUCAAUAAGGUUAAAGGACAAUUUUUGGCAUUAGAAUAACCUGUAAAACUUUUUUUAAAAAGAAACCAGUUAUGUACCCACCCCCAGAGAUUCUGAUUCAAAACAAUUUUUCAUGUAUCCUAGACAUCUCCUUUAAAAAAAAAAAGUCUAGGGGCACCUGGGUGGCUCAGUCGGUUAAGCGUCCGACUUCGGCUCAGGUGGUGAUCUCGCGGUCCAUGAGUUCGAGCCCUGCGUCGGGCUCUGUGCUGACAGCUCAGAGCCUGGGGCCUGUUUCAGACUCUGUGCCUCCCUCUCUCUGACCCUCCCCCGUUCAUGCUCUGUCUCUCUCUGU